AACAGUGCGCGUUGAUCAGUGCUCGAUUAUAUAUAUAUAUAUAUAUACACAAGUUUCUGAUAUUUUCGAAGGAGGCCUCGUCGGAUGAGAUCGAGUCUCGAUUCGAGUUUGAACGGGCGUUGGGAACAAUCGUAUCGAACAAAGAUCGCAAUUCGUAUCCGUUGUUGCAAAUAGAAUCAACGCGUACGUAAUAGAAAAACGCGUCGAUCGAUAAUUAAUAGAUAAUUCUUGGAAUUAUUAUCCCGAAUGGAGUCGUGGGUCAGCGUGUCAAGGAUGGGCAAAGCGUUCGAAGAAUGAGAAUCGGUCGUCUCGAUCGCGAGUGCACCGCGUGUGAAGAUAAGAAGGGACGUGGCCAGUACGCGGUGGCAACUUUCACGGAUGAAACGAGCGUAGUAGUAUUACGGUUUACUGCCGAUCCAUUCCGGAGGGAACCGCGGCGAACAUCGUUAUUGAAAUAAUGAAGAGAGAAGCUGAUGCAGGCGCUAUGACAGGUUCUGGAGGACCGACGAGUCCUCACAAGCGUUACAGACAGGGUGACGAUGAACUUCGUCUUCUGAUCCCCAGCAAGGUAGCCGGUUCGAUAAUCGGCAAGGGUGGCCAGAAUAUCACCAAACUGAGGAGUCAGUACAAAGCCUCAAUCAUUGUACCCGAUUGCCCCGGACCCGAACGGGUGCUUACCAUCAGCUCGGAUCUGCCCACCGUACUCCAAGUGUUGAACGAGGUCGUACCUAAUCUCGAGGAGGUGAGUGUUGCUACCAGAAGAGGAUCACACGGGAAAAGAAAUGACUCAAUCAACGGAUCUCGACACGGGAGCGACGAGAUCGACGUGCGCAUGCUGGUGCAUCAGAGCCAAGCCGGAUGCAUAAUCGGCAAGGGAGGUUUAAAGAUCAAGGAGCUUCGCGAGAAAACUGGGGCAAGGAUCAAGAUUUAUUCUCACUGCUGUCCCCACAGCACUGACCGGCUGAUCAGCAUCUGCGGGAAACCGACCACGUGCAUCGAGUGCAUUCGCGAGCUGAUCGCCACUAUUAAAACCUCGCCUCUGAAGGGAGUGAACAACCCUUACGAUCCGCACAACUUCGACGAUUAUUACGCGGACGACUACGGCGGCUAUGGGACCGGCGACGGUGGCCAAGGGAAAGGGGGUGGCUUUGGGGGUCCUGGAGGGCGCGGUGGUGGCGGAGGCGGCGGCGGCGGCGGAGGUAUGCCGCCUCGACGCGACAACCGCGCUGGGCCGGGCGACAUGAAUCGCGGGUUCCCGCCACCACCGAGAGGCGGGCCGCGUGGUGGAGGCGGCGGAGGCGGUGGCAUGUCUGGCGGGCCACCUGAUCGUGGCUACGGGGGCAAUUCUCGCGGAGGAGGCGGCGGUGGAGGGUACGAAGGCGGACGAGGCGGAUACGGUGGCAACAGGGGUGGCCCGCCGCCGUAUGCCGCUGGAAAUUACAAUGGUGAUGGAUGGGGUAUGCAAGGAGGCGCGCCAAACGGUUUGGGUGGCGGUGCUAACUCGGGAAUGAGCGGCCCGCCUAUGGGUGGCAAUAAUCAAGGAAAUCAGGGCAACAUGGGUGGAAAGACCACUACUCAAGUCACCAUUCCUAAAGACCUUGCUGGAGCAAUUAUCGGCAAGGGAGGCGCCAGAAUUCGAAAAGUAAGAUCAGAUAGCGGUGCUGGAAUUACUAUAGACGAACCGUUGUCUGGAAGUAACGAUCGCAUUAUCACUAUAACCGGAUUACCCAGUCAGAUACAAAUGGCUCAGUACCUGCUUCAGCAGAGCGUGCACGAGAAUGCAGACCAUUAUUAGGACGUGGUGUAAAGAGGAAGCAUUCGGGGGGAGCCAAAGAUGCGUUUAUAAUUUUUUUAGGGAUACUUCUUCGCGCGGAAAGUGGAGACCGAUUAAAAGCGACGAGAACUUUUUCAUCGAGAGAGAAAAAAAAAAGAAACAAUAUAAUAUCACACACUUGGCGUUUCUCCUUAUGCGUUGCAAGACCAAAAAAAAACAAAAAAAAAAAAAAAAAAAACAGGAAAAGAGGAAAAAAAAUAAGGAAAAAAUUUCCUAUAUAAAUAUUAAUCGGUCGAAGCAAAAAGCAAGGAGAGACAGUCUACUCUACAGACUUUUUCCAUUCGAUUCUAUGGAUUUAUGAGCGAGAAAUGCUCACCUGCCUGCUUUCACGAGUCGAGAAACAUGGAAUUGGCAUUCGAGGAGCAACCUCCUCGUACAAGAAAGGCCAAAGAACAGCACUAUUUCUACGCCUGAGAUCGUUCUCGAUCUUACGCAUUUUUUUCUCUUUUUUUAGUUGUUUUUUUUUUUUCCCCCAAUCAUUUUAUAUCACGUGCUUUUCUCCACAGCUCUGGACGAGCUUUGAUAUGAUCAUUUUUUUCUUCUUUUAUUUCCCAUUCGUUUUAUUUCCUUUAUUGUUUUAACUAAUCCCCCCCAAAAGAGUCCCUAUCGAAACGCACAUUGUUCUCUGUUCCCUCUUUUCUUCGCUGUUUUGCUGCGGAAACAUUGCGAAAUUUGUUCUUUUAUUCGUGGCAAAUCGUAAAAAAAAAAAAAGAAAAAAAAAGAAAAAAAAAAGAAAAAAAAGAAAAGAAAUUCAUGAAUUUUACAUGUUCAAGUUUCUGACAGCUGAAGGUGAAAGAUCGAAAAGUUUAAAUAUCAAUGGAAAAAUGUAGCGAUAAAAUCGAAGGAAGGGAGAGAUUAUCGAGUGAAUUGAAAACAGAAACGACGAGAGAACUAAAUCUAUAAAAAAUAUCGACUCAUUAUAAUAUGCGGUACUUUUUGUAUAUAACAUAUUACUUUACUAAAACAAAAAAAAAACAAAAAAAAAAAAAAUAAGAGAAAAGAAAUCGUUAACGAUAUCAUUUCCCUUUCCUCAAUCGCUGCCCGCCACCCGUCUAUUGCUGCAUUAUCUUUAAUUAUGAUUAACUGUCGUACGAUUAAGAAGAGUAAUUUUGCAUUGAUCGUAUACUUAUCAAUUUUACUGAUCGAGCGCGUAAAAAGUGUUCGUAAUCUCUUUUUCUGCGAUGUAACUGUUAAGCGUGUAAGAAUUCUAAUAAUAGAGAGUGAUAAACUACUAAGCUAUUAUACAAGGCAACUCUGUUUUGGAAAUAUCGCUAUAUAGUACGAGAUGUUGAAUCAAAAAAGAAAAACUUGCAACGAAGUCUGAGGAUGCGUUUUUUUUAGAAAAUAGGUAACGCGUUUAACCGGAAAAGGACGUAAUUUGGUUGAUCUUAAGUAAUAAGAAUGGCCAACGUAUUAGAAAUUAUAUUGCGUAUAUACAUCACUUCUAAGAACAUAUAUAUAAAAAAAAAAAAUAAAUGAAUAAAUAAAUCACACGUUAUGAUCAUCUGCGAGAAGACAGAAGAAGAAGAAGAAGAAGAAGAAAAAGCAGCUUAAUGGGAUAAGAAAGUUUUAUUACUUAUAUGUAUGGAUCGAAAUGUUUAAAUUAAACAUUUAACAAACAUCGAACAUCAAGUUCAAACUUUCAAAAGUGAACACCGUAAUGGUCUCUUCGCGCGGGUCGUUCGAAGCAGAGUCUUACAAGGAAGCGAAAUAAGCAAAGAAAUUCGUUCGUAAAUCAAUACUAGCCCGAAGUCAAUCCCGUUUGCAUCUUCUCGAGCUCUGCAAAGAUUCAUCUUGUUUCCUCUGAAACUUUUUUAUACGUUGAGUUGAUCGGCGAUAGGACGUAAUAAGAGUGUUCUCUUUUUGGAGGUUGCAAACUUGAACAAGCGCGCGGGCGCCAAUUUUAAAUAAUAGAGAUUUAUCGCAGAUGAGGAAGAAAUAAGACAAUGAAAUAAUAGAGAAGAAUCGAAAAGCCGCCCUUAAGUUAGAGCGAACUCGUCCUCUUUCCCUUCCUCGAAUAGAAACUCUCACCACCCUUUUUACCCUCUCUCUCCUCCAUACCCUGAUAUAUAACAUAAUACCGUAACCUCGUAACGAAACGGAAAUAGAAGAAAAGAUACGAAAUCAUAACCUUAAGGAAAAAAAGAAAAAAAAAAAAAGAAAGAAAGAAAGAAAAAAAAAGAAAGAAUUUUGAUGACGCUACGAAGGGCAUUUUUUUUAACGCAUCUCUAUUAAACGACCGGCGCCGGUCGACACGGAGCCGCCCUUUUUUUCUCUUAGGUUUAAUAAGGAAAACCAAGUCCCCUCUUUUCCGAUGAUCCACCCCCACACAGCGUCGUGUUAAACAAGAUAAAAAAAAAAGGAAGAAAAAAGGAAAAAAAAAAUAAAUAAGAAAGAAAUAAAAAGGGAAUCUUUUACGUCCGCGUGAUCUCGAACAGAGAAUCGCGCGUGCAUUUUCGUUCGACUCACGAUCGAUUGUACCGUCUUUUUCGUGAUGUCGGGGAUGAGAAAUGUUCUUGGCAAGCUUCUCUUCCAAUUGCAACGAUGAAUUUGUUCUCGUUGAUUUUAAUUUACAUUCAGUCCAUUUUUCUCUGCUAUCGAUAUUUAACACUUGACGAGAAAUUCGAUGGUGGAAUUGCAAAUAUUCUUAAAUUCUAAAAGAAAUAUCAUUUUAUGUAUGAUUUUUUUUUUUUUUAUUUCGAAAUUAUUGGCGUCAAUAGUCGUAGAUAAUAAAUUAUUCGCUUUUGCCGAAUUUGAAUAGUCAUAUGGAAGCGGCACGGAACAUUUUUUCAUUAUACUCCGAGAUCGAUUUAUGUAAUAAGAGUAACACACGAGAAACAGGCAACAAAACAGAGAAACAUACAUAAAUACAUAUACAUACAUACAUAUACACACACGAAAUGCGUGAGAGGGAGAGAAAUUGGUGUGUUUACCGUGUGUAUCUCUGUGUGUGUGUGUGUGUGUGUGUGAACGCGUGUCGAGGGAAGACACGGAUGGAAGAAAGUUCGUAAAUUGCGAAUCGGCCGAGGGUUGAGAAAAAGAAAAUCGAGACAGAAAGAGAGAGAAAGAGAGGGAGAAAGUGGUGUGCGUGUACAAUUAAGAUGAAAAAUGUAUGCAUGAGAGAAUGGGUAAGAGAGAAAGAGAGAGAGAGAAUCGUAAUCUCGCUCGUAUCACGAUGUGUGUAUUAUAUAAGAUAUACAGUUUACAAUUAUUUGUAAUGGAUACUUUUUAUUUGUCAAAUAAAAGUUAGUACAAAUGAAGGUAAA